CAAGAGGGUGGGCUGGGCAGAAAGCGAGUGUUUGCUGGCUGCAUGCACUGUGAAUCUCAGUCUCUAGGCAACAGGCCGACGGUGAGGUCGUAGGAGAACAUUGCUUUGUGCGUUGUAGACGGUUGAAUUAUUCCUUGUUGAGAUUGUGUUCCGUUGUGCCGCGACUUUUCAUGUGCUACGCCUGGUGUGCCAAGAUGCUACGUGCAAGAACAAGGAAUACACUUAGGCGAUAGAAGACGCCACAGUUUUUCUGGGCUGCGAACUCGGCUGCAGUGUAGCGCGCUCAGUCGUGCUUGUUCCAUGCGCCGCGUGCAGCGCUGUAGUGUAAUGUAAAGUUGAUUUCGACGUAUACACGUGUGUUUGAUCUGGUGCUUCUGUACCGACAGCGUUGGUUUGAUUGCUUGACUGAAGGGUAAUGAAAGUGACGGCUUGCUAGUAGCUGCAUCGAGUAAGUGACCAGCGGCAGUAUGACGAGCGAGGAAGGUCGUACCAGAAUGGCGGGGCAAGAAGACAACGCUGUAAGGAUGGCAGGCUAUCUCGAUAAGCGAGGGAAAAUGAAGCUGGUGUCCACCUGGAAGCGUUACUGGUUUGUGCUAAAAGAUCAACUACUUCUGUACUACAAGUCCCAGCUGGAAUGCCUGAACCUCUCAGCUUGUCGUGGUUCCCUCAACAUGGGGCUAGUGUCCUGUGUGCGUCCUGGGGCUCACAGAGGCCAUCCUGCAACCGGGACUCAUGGAUAUACAAUAGAAGUAGUAACAAGAACACAGGUUGUCAUUCUUCGAACGAAGGAUCGUGGCUUGCAGGAGCAAUGGUUGAAAGUUCUUCUUGAAUCAAUGGCUCUUCCCAACAUUUCAACCCCAGUUAGAACUGGUGGAGGACCGGUUCACUUCCGAUAUUCCUUGGAGAAUCUGCCUCUAGAGGCAGAAGACAAAGAAAAACAGAAAACUUUGCCUCACCAUACCACAGUUGCACGCAAUAAUAGUGUGCUUGGGCGUAUUAAACGUAUGGGCGGUCGCUCUUAUGGAGGAAGUCUGGAUACAAUCCUAAAACAUAAUCCCAGCCAAGAGGUGCAACAUCGGUCCCCACAGCAACCAAAUAUCCCACGAAUUAAGGCUGUAGAUAGAAUGUUAGGAUUACAGCAGAAAGACGAACAGGAAAUUGAAGAUGAUAGAGAAGGACAGUGCUUAAACAAUUAUGAAUACACUGAAGUUCUGAAAAGUACAGCUGACAGCACUGACUUUGAAAAUGAAGAUCAGUGCCAUAAGGACUCUACAAAUUUACUUUCAAAAGACAGAAUUUUGAAGUUAGAUGGUGGAGAGGAAAUUGAAUGUAGUGAUGAUUCAUCACAAAGACUUGUAGCCAUUGCAUCAGGCUCACAUGAAAUAAAGGAAAUUAACUUUAAAUUAAGAAAUGAUGAGACUAACCGAGAAAUAACUGAUGAAAGUAAAAAUCACGAAAUAUUCAAUGUCAUGUGUAUAGAAGACGCAAAGAAAUUGACUACUAAUUUCCUUGAAAACCAGAGAUUUGUUUCUUCCUUAGAAAGUGAAGAAGUAAUGUUUGUUGAAAACAAACUAUAUGAGAAGACUGAGGAGAUAGGAAAUGGUGAUGAAAAUAAAAUUGAAAACAAAGUCAACAAAAAGACUAGUCAUGUUGAAGCAGAUGAAGAGUAUGAUUCUGAAGAGGAACUUAGUAGAUUACAACACAGGGUUUCAGAAGAUGAAAAAAUGUAUGAAGUUGUGCCAGUUAAUAUAGAUGAAAUGAAACAAGUUCAGAAAGACACAGAAGAUAUGGAGGAAGAUGAUUACUACUGCAGCUAUGACAAAUUUUCACUGAUUCAUUCAUUGCCUGAUCAAAACAACGGCUCCUCCCCAGAACCUGAUUUACCCCCUCGUCCAUCUGUGGGUAGUAGUGAUUCAAAUAAAAGUCAACUUAAGCAUCAGGAUACUAAAACUGAGGAUGAAGGAGCAGACUACAGUACAUAUUAUGAAAGUACUGAAAGUUACAAUACCAGCACUUCAUCAUCACAGUUUUUAUCAUCUGGUGGAGAUGGCACUCCAUCUAAAAUCAAGGGUUCCAAAUUACAUGGUAGAAUUAAAUUUAAGAAAAAGGAUUCACCAUCCAAGGAAUCAGUUACCUUGGGGGAUGCAAGUAGUAAUGGUAAAAAAAAGCGGAAAACAAGUUUUCUACGCCGUAUGUUGAAGCAUCAUCAUAAGAAGCCAGAAUCUAAUUCACAGACUCUUAUAACUUCUGAUAACUGUAGUGAUGAACCUGAAUAUGAAACUGUUGACUAUUCAGUUCCCACAUUGAAACAAGAUGUUGCUGAGGAGAAGCAGCAGCCAGAGCAUGCUGCUAGACAUAACAGCACUGAGAGUUUAGACAAAGAAGUGCCUAAAGAUAAGUGGUAUGGAACAAAGAGCCUACUGACAGAACAGGCGAUGCUUGAAUUGAAGAUGAAACUGAAGGUCCGAGAUGAUUCAGCUGUUUCUACGAAUCAGGAUAUUGGGUAUGAAUGCAUUUCAUCAAAUGAAGUGUCUGAGAAGAAGCCUGUUCCUACUCCAAGAUCAAGAAAGCAAAAUUCCAAUCAAGGAUUUGUGUGCGAGGCCUCAAGAUAUCGAUGCAAUGACAGCUUGAAUCGAGCAAAUAAGCCUCCAAGUCUACCGCCACGUAGAGUAGCAAGACCUCAUUCUCCUUGGCAUGAUGUUCCUAAAAAUAAUUCUCCUGUCUAUGGUAACUUUCAAGAUCUUGGCAUAACUACUGGAAUAAAAGAAGACUCUAAGAUUAAAGAAACACUGGAGCCAAUGAAUGAAAAACAGUCAACAGCACAAGCUACUGAAUGUGUUCAGGAGUUUCAAGAUGAAUAUUUAGGUACACCUCGUGGUUUUGUAUAUGUUCAGAACAAGUGGAAAGCUGCAGAGAAGUCUGGUGAACAGCAUGUUGACCAACCAGGAACUAAAGGAAAGCUGUUGUUCCAGAAGUCUCCACAAAGGGACACGUUUCCUGAGAAAUGUAGCAGUACAGAAGUUAAGGAGAAUCAUGUGGGGAGUGAAGAUGGCGAUAGUUCAGGGAGUGAUAUUGUGAGCCAUGAACAUGAAUGUGGUACAGAGGUUGUUGCAAGUACAUACAGUUCUGAUAUUUAUAGUGAUGUUCACAAAGAGCAUGUAUCCACAAAAACAGUAAUCAAUAGCCUGAACUCACAAAAUGAUGAAGUAAUGGACAGAGUUAGUGAUUCAAAUAAUGUUGAGGAUAAGAAGGGAGGUAAUGCAGUAAAUUGUGUAAAAGAUGAAACAGACAAAGUAAAUAAUGUUAAAUUGAAAUGUAAUGUUAAUAUUGAACAGAAAAUAGGAAGUAUAGAAACAAAACACCAUGACGUGUCUGGUGACAUAAUUAUUAAUUACAGUAAUGAUGACCAUAAUAAGUUUAAUAUAAACACCACACAUCAGAAAUAUCAUUCAGAUGACACAGUUGUAACUCUAAGAAAAUCCCAAAGUGGUUCCAUUUCUAUGUGUAACAAACAUGAAAUGUUCCUUAAAGAUACUAAAAACUGCGAAGUAGCAGUUAACUAUGAGAGCAAAGAACUUCCGUCUAAUGAGCUUCGUAAUGAAAGAGACAGGAAAAAUGGAACUGAAGACAAUGUGUUUAUCAUGAAUAAUAACACUGUCUGCAGUAAUAUUUUUAGUAUUUCAACAGAUUCUUCAGCACAGCAAGAAACUAAAACUCUGUUUAAUAAUGUGUAUAACCAGAACAUGUUGAAAAGUGGAAUUACUGAAGAUGUUUGCAGCAGAUCAGUAGACAGUGCAGAGACAGGAGGGUGUGAAGACGCAGUUCCUCGUUUGAAUCGUCAUUCGGAUGAGCUGAACCUCUUACUAGCACAGCUGGCUGAGAUCACAUCUGCGCCUUUACUACCUCAGUGUGCAGCCACUAGUCUUGUUGACAUUCCUAAGGGCAGGAAACCAAAGGCUCAAACUGACGAGUCUUCACAGCUUGAUGCGACCCAGCCAAAAUCGUUUGUGUUGGGCCCCAUAAGGAGGAGACGUCAUUCAGAUCCUGACUAUGAUGUGCCUCGUCCACAUGGCUCACUACUGCAUCUGUUGUCAUCCAAUAGAAUGGCAUCUCAUUCUAGUGACCACAGCGAGUCGGGACAAGAAAGUGAUGUCAUACAGGCCACACGUUUCUUUGGAGAUACAGAAAACUCAAGCAAUUCUACUUGCUCCAGCUUAAGCCUGAGGCACAGUGUGAUAUCAGAAGUUGAUGACCAAUCAGAUAUGAGCUACUAUAUAAGCAUGGCUCCUGACUCCUUAGAAGUGCCUCUAAACAAAAAUGUGGAAGGAAACGUGUAAUCUACAAAGAAGAUUUUAACAGAUGAUUUAUACUAAAACUUGAAUUUGCAUAAAUGCAUACAUAUGUUAUAUUUCACUUUUUAAUUGUUACAGCCACAAUUAAGCUUUUCAUUUUAUAAAUAAAUUUGAAAUGGCUUAUUUACAAAAAGUGGUCAUUACUACUUCCUUUAUACAUAUUAUGUUAACGACUCUUCUCUUGCGUCAGUCACAAAACAACACUUGUACUAUUUCCCAUGAAUACUGUUUUAUCACUGAAUAGACGACGUCUGAAGAUUCCAGAUGUAUUGAGUUUUGUAUAUACUUGUAGGAGAGAAGUGAUAUAUAUGAAAUUGGAAGUGCCUAAUUCCAUUUUAAUAGUAUAAUGUUUUAUAAUAUAUUAAUUCUUACUUUAAACAUGUAUAUUUUAGUAGUGUUGCAGGAUAAAUGAUCUAAAUAAAUAUUUAAUGUGAACACAG